GUGGCGCUCAGUGCCAUCCUCUGAUUGACAAGGUGGUGUUUGGCCACAGGUUGGACCCGAUGAUCUCGUGAGGUCUUUUCCAACCCGAUCAAUCCUGCAGUUCUGCGACACUUCACCACAGACACGGCGAAGCAGGCACAGCUCAUGGAGCUGCUGAAGAAGGAGGUGAGAGCGAUGCUGAUAGCUGCCAAGGAGGGCCUGACGCCAGCAGAGCUGGAGGAGCAGUACAUGGCCAUGGUGUGCAAACCUCUGCCCCUCCAAGACCUGGGCUUCCAGUCCACCUUGGAGCUGGUGAGACAUAUGCCUGAAGUUGUCCGAGUCUCUUUUUGUAAGAAUGGCACCCUUAUCCUCAAAGCCAUUGCAGAUGACUCCACCAAAGGCAUUGCCAAGCUGGUUGCCUGCCAGAAGGGAAGGACAGGUACUAAGGCAUGGAAGAGAACUCAUCUGAAGGCAAAUGCUGCUUCUCCCUCUAAGAAACCACAACGUUCUCCUCUGAGAGCCAGGACUCCCAUCCUGCCAGCGACAGUGAAGGCUGAGCUGCAGGACCUGCUGAGCUCCUCACCUGUUCUGCUCCAGGACUUGGACAAGGCCUUCCUCAAAUGCUUUGGCCAGGCGUUCCCGUACAGGCAGUACGGAUUUUCUUCCGUGCUUGAAGCCCUCAGGAGUGUGUCUGAUUCCAUUGUGGUUGAGCAGACAGAGGCGGGUUCCUUGCUGGUCCUGAGACAGUACCUGGCAAAUGAGGCAGAGCAGAAAGAGGUGCCUCAAGGUGAGGCGCAGGAAGAAGAGAUGCUGCAAGAUGAGAUGCCUCCUUUGGAACCUGUCUGUGAGACAGAAAACUUCCACCAGGAAGCACUUCUGAUGAAGUGGGAGCCAGUGGAAACAGAAGCAGAUUUGGGUGAUCACCUCAAACAACCUCAAGAUUUUCAGCAGUUGCUGCCACACAAGCUGACACUGACUGAAGGAAUCCUCCCAGAUGCUGUUCAGGACAGAAGCCUUUGCAGUUUACCACCUCUGAAGAGAAGGUCCUUGGUGGGAGUCGUCGUGGAAUUUGUCGUCUCUCCUACCCAGUUCUACAUCCACAUCUGUGGCAGGGAAACAUCCUACAAACUGCAGGAUCUGAUGUUUGAGAUGAGACACCUUUACUCACAUAAACUUGUCUCUGAUAAAUACAUCAUGCCUGACUCUGCAGUACAGCCUGGACAGCUCUGCUGUGUGAUGGUCUCCAAAUGGUGGUACCGUGUUAUCAUCCACCGUGUGAUCAGUGACCAAGAAGUGGAGGUGUUCUAUGCAGAUUAUGGACACCUCCAGAUUGUCCAAAAGUCUUGCCUGAGAUUCCUCAAGUGGCAGUACUUGAAGCUCCCUGCUCAGGCCAUCCCGUGUUCCUUGGCAUGGGUAAAACCUGUGGAGGGUACAUGGUCUCCUGCAGCAACUCUCCUGUUCAAGAAUCUCUGUGGCUUCAAGGAGCUUGUGGGCAUUGUGGAUGAAUAUGUGGAUGGCAUUCUGCACCUCUUCCUCUGUGACACAUCCACCAAGGAGGAUGUCUACUUCCACUCUGUCUUGAGGGAUAUGGGAUAUGCUGAUGUCUGUGGAGUGAACAUUCCUUCCCAGGAAUUCAAGGAACUGAAUCCUUUGGCCUUGUAUGUUCAGCCCAGUGGAGAACAGGAGAAUGCUGAACUGGCAGAGCCAGACCUUUGCUUGCAGCAGGAAUCUCUGGUUGCAGAUAGUGAAACAACAGCCUCAAAGCUGGAUGGGGCUGAAGUGUGUGACCAGACACCUCAUUCUCUUGGAGAGUCCUCCGUACCUGCUGUCUUAGUCAAGUCAGCGGAAGAUCUUUAUACCUCCUUUAUUUACUCCAAGCAACUAGCAGAAAUGAGGUGAAGAGAACAUGAAGAAUGAAGACCUUCCCAGGAGCUGGCCUCUGUGGAGCCAACCUCACAAACUCCAUGUCCCUCCUGCCACACUCUCUGCAGUGUUGGCAGCUGCACAAUUGGCCACUUCCCAUGCCCACUUCCAGUGGCUCCCCAGCCUAGGAAGGCAGGUGUGAGAAGAGGGGAGAAGCUGGAGCUGCUGCCGAGGAAGGCUGCUGGGAGCAGCACAGGCUCUCUGUAUGACCGUGCUGUUGGGUUGUUUGUUUUUUUUUUUGUUCACAAACAUUUAAUCCCUUGAAAAACUUUUCGGGUCUGACAUCU